GAGAGAGCGGGCGACGAUAAAAGAGCGGGCGACGAUAAAAAAGUGGGCAACGACUGUGGACCGACCAGCGGGCGACGUUUGCAGUUGCAGGGAUGGACAGCACACCGUCUGACUGAUAUGCUAGGCGACUUCAGUGAGGUAGAGGUCGGACGCCGGAUCCCAGUGUGACAAUAAGGCUCAGGCCGGUGGGAUAAGGGAAGCUUCAAAGACAAUAAGCACGGACAGUGCCCGCCGGUCGCUACAAGCAGAAGGAACGGCGGGCGCCCUACAUCUAAAAGACAAUAGGCGUAUUGUAUUGCAUCGCGCAGAAACGUGUCUGCUGACCUCCGGUAAUCCCAUGCGCCCACAAUACGAGCGCCCGCUGUACGAGGUGAAGCGCGACCAAGGAUGGAUUAUAUAGCCACGAUAGCGCAUGAGUGCUCGAACACCGUUCUCCACACCCACUGCCUCUUCCGUCCACUGUAACACCUGUGCUAUGUGGUUCACGCUAUUCUCUUCGACCAGGGGUCGAUACCGUGUGGUCAGCACUCUCCACGGCCAUACGAAGGGCGUCUUCUCGCUCGAUUUCUCAUCAGACGGAAGAUAUUUGGCCAGCGGGGGGGGCGAUGGUGUCAGGCUUUGGGAUAUGAAAACGAACGCUGCAAUCCGUACCCCGGAGUAUCGCAGUGCCUUCGGUCCGGUCUCGCAAGUCCUAUGGAUUCCGAUCCGCUCAGGGAUUCCGACAGUGUGCAGUGGGACCGGACUGGGGUACUUGUGUCUGUGGGCGCAGAAUGCAGGUAACGGCGCUUUCACGGAGGUCUUCGCCAAACGAUUGGGCGGCGGAGCUGAGAUCUUGGGGCUCGCGUACGAAACUGUGAGUCCGACGGAGACGCGUAUCGCUGUCUCGGACCGAAGUUGUUUCGUGGGGGUGUACUCCUACGACGGUCGGACUGAGUUACUCCCCAUCUUCACCACUCGUAUCAACAACUCCAUCCCUAUAUCGAUCUCCUUCGCGAAUGCGAAGGGACGAGAGGUCUAUGUUUUCGGACUGCACGACGGUACCAUGUACAAACUUUCUGGCACAGAUGGGAAGAUGAUUUCGUCCAGAAAUCUGAGCGAUAAGAUCGGGCAUGCUGCCAUCCACGCCAAACAGCAGCUCGUGGUGGUCGACAACGUCGGCAGCGGGUUCGAUGUCUGGAACCUGAACGGAGGGACGCACCAGCGCACCUUCCCCACCGGAAAGCCGACUCGCUUUCUACCAAGACAAGUUGGCUUUGCCGAUGAUGCGAAGGCCAUCGUGGGCGGAAGUGAUCACGGCGCCGUCUACGUCUUCGAUCGCAAGACCGGAGCCCCUCUGGACGUGUUGCGCCAUGCUCAGCAAGGCCUAGUGCAGACGAUAGCGACAACCGAACGAGAUGGCUACGCUGUGAUUGCGAGCGGAACAUCCUGCGGGACAGGAUUGAUCCUGGUGUGGCGCGCGAAGAAAACGGCUAUGGCUCCACCAAAGCCACAUCUGGCACUCACUCUGGGGAGCGUCGCGCAGUUUUGCAUCCAGUUGCUGAUGCUAGCGGCCGCCGCUGCUUUCGUCUGGCAAAAUCUGGGAGAUUGGCCAGAGGUUUCGACAUGGGUGCAAUCUGUAGAGGCUGCAGCUCGCGGCGCCAAAGUCCCGAUGCCGAUGGUCGAGGUCGCGCCAAGUCGCCGCGGCGCAUACGACGAUGCAGUGAAUAGCGAACUUAUCACCAGUCAGUCCUCGUCGAGCGUCGGGAAUGGCCGUGGCGCAACCCGCUGGAAAGAGUGGCGGACUUACGUGGAACCUCACGAAGCAGCGGAGACAUUCGCCAGCGACGCAUCGCGGCUGCAGAACACGCAGGAGGGGCGUAAGGAGCGGGGGACCUUGAAGUCGCGGGCGACUCUGGACAGCGCCGUCAUCGUGUUGUAGGAUAUUCGCAUAAUUGAAAGUUCAUUGGCAUGAGGAGCGAGCGUAGCUCGCGCGCAAGCAAUCUAACAUGCGUUGAAAUAUUAUGCUGAUCGCGCUGUGUCGGAGACCUCAACAGCGCACAAGAUUUAACUUUCAUUCUAAACGGAGUAUGCUAGGUUACUGCCCAGGAGGGUGGUCCAGCAAAGUAGGGAAGUACUCCAGUCGUGGUGCGGGUUGAACCACGCACUGACAUGGACCGAAGGUCGAGCGUAGAGUCAGAGCCAGGGAUCGACUUCUGCCAACGUACGUCCCUCAGAACGACAGAUAUGAUUCAUACUGAUAUGAUGUUGUUCGUGGGCGCCGUCGAGAAAGCAGACUCCGUCACGGUGCGGGUUCAACCACGCACAGACAUCGUGAUGUUGGUCUUGAGGUUCGUCGUCCAGUUGUUGUCAUGGUGCGGGUUCAACCACGCACAGACAUUUGAUCCGUACUGAGUUAGUCACAAGAACAAC